AUGUCUUUGUCAAAUAAUCAAACGGUGCGCGUCACUUAUAUCUGGCUCUCCGGUAAGGAUGCUCAUCAUGACAUUCGCAGCAAGGACCGCACGUUGUAUCUAUCUCAGGCAAAUGUUGCGAAACACCCGAAGGAGCUGCUCGCCAAUGGGAUUUUCCCGGUGUGGAAUUUUGACGGCUCUUCCACUGGUCAGGCGAAGGGGCUAGAUACGGAAAUUCUCCUGAAACCUGUCAAUGCUUUUCCGUGCUGCCUCCCAAGGCCGUCUUCGAAGAUUCCGUGGAUCUUAGUGCUUGCUGAGUGCUACCUUCCUAGCGGCGAGCCGACAAGUGAUAAUUCUCGUGCCGCCGCUCGUGAAACCUUUGAGCAACGCCCCGAGGAGCAUCCGUGGUUUGGCCUGGAGCAGGAGUACUUCAUCACCUCUCGUGAUGGGCGCCCUUAUGGAUGGCCCGCUCAUGGCUUUCCCGCGCCUCAGGGGAUGUACUACUGCAGUACCGGGUCUAAAACGGCAUGGGGCCGCAAGUUCUGCGACCAGCACUACGAGGUGUGUCUUCAGAUGGGGUUGAACAUAUCAGGAACGAACGCGGAGGUGACUCCUGGACAGUGGGAGUUCCAGGUAGGGCCGUGCGAAGGCCUUGAGAUGGGCGAUCAGCUGACUGUUGCUCGCUGGGUGCUUUUGCGUCUGCUGGAAGAAGAGGGCUUGGAUGCAGACUACCACGCGAAGCCUAUUGAGGGUGAGUGGAAUGGAAGUGGGCUACACACGAACUUCUCAACUGAAUCAACCCGCGGUGAAAACGGCCUGGAUGUCAUUCAUCAAUACAUUGAUCGUCUCAGGAAGACAGUUAGCAAAGAUAUCGUGUUUUACGGACCAGAUAACAACGAGCGGCUUACCGGUAAGCACGAGACGUCGAAGGUAUCAGAGUUCAGCGCUGGGGUUGGUACUCGCUGCACUUCAAUUCGCAUCCCCAACGCAGUUGCCAGCGAAGGGAAAGGAUACAUGGAGGAUCGCCGCCCUGCUGGUGAUGCCGAUCCAUACUUGGUGACCUCACGUCUCUUCGCUUCAUGCAUUGGGCUGGAGACUCCGUCUCUCGAUCUGGUGUCUCCAACACACGAGAAGGACUGGAUGCGCAGUGUUUUGAAGUAA